AUGUCUCCUCUGCAAAGGGGGUUGUUGGCUAUGAUGCAGCCACAUGCUGGACUUCUCCAGCCAGAAAUUUCCGUACUCCCGCUCGCCUCCAUCUACAUCAUUCCUUUGUGUCAGAAUACACUUAGAUGCUAUAUCGAAACGCACGUACAAAACUCUAUUGCGGAACCACGUCAAUUGCAAGUCGCUGAACUUGCAUGUAGCAAUAGUGUGUGGAUCAGCGAGUUGGAUCGCGAGUUCCCUAGGAAGGUUGUCCCUGCCAGUCUCAAAGGCUGCGAUGUCAACCCGCCAACUUUCCAGCCCCAGCCUUCCUUCCUUUUUCGGUCAGACUGGAGGCACUGGACAUACUCUCUUCACUUUUCCAGAGGAUUUGAUAGGAGCAUUGGCCCGCAAAUUGCUCUUCUUGAAUAUUAUCAUCCUAUCCCAAAAUCUUGCGCUUUCCAUCUCGUACGCCAUAAGAUCUUGGUGUCGAGCAAGCCGGUCGCAAUCUUUAGCAGGCUUGAUUACUAUAUCACAAGAUCCAAUGCUUCCGAGGAACAUUUUGGGUUGAUGGGCGCAAUGCGCUUUCUCCCCUGUUUGUGA